CCAUUCUCAACACGGUUUACCUCUAAACACCGGUUAUUUCUUUAAUCCUUACAGUCCGAACAUUGAAUUGAGUGAAAUUUUAAAAAGAGGGAUUAUGAAAUGAUUGUCUCGGUCGUGCGUGAAUUGAAACGUUAUCAUCUGAAGUAGGCUAGUUGUCUAAUAUAAAGUGGACAUUCGGACCUAAGACCUAAAUUCAAGUGACCAUCUAGAUAAGGAGUUAUUGUUGAUGAAUUUUGGACUAACCUGAUUAAGUGAAACAGACGAAGAGAGAGAAAUUACCUGGCUCGGAUGGGCUUACGGUUGAAUUUUACUAAUUAUCGUGGGAUCAGACCAUAGAAUGAAGAAUUGAACGAAUGAACAAUAGAAAGAAAAGAUGUCCCUGUAUAAUUAUUCGUCAACACCAUCACCUAUCCCUCAACCACAGUUGAUGCCUAACAACACAUCAACAACCAUGUCCAAUACAUGUUGUGAGAAUGGCCGGACGAUCGGGACUAAUCCGCAUACUGGACAAUCUGUAUGUUCUUGCCAAUAUACACCUAGUUUACUGUCCUACCCGCGGGUACCUGGACUAGGGGAUUCAGUUUACCCCACAUCUGCGUAUGCUAGUCAAGGCUACAUGCCACUUGGAGCAGAUCCAUCAGCCUUUUACCCACCCUUGAAUGGUCAUUAUGAUCUUAAAGAAGCCGGUGAAACAUGGCGAGGGAUAAAUCAAUCAGCCCCCUGCUACCCCUACGAUACACCCAUGUCAACAUUUCCAUACACAAAUGCAUAUGGUACUGUAGAUUUAAACAGUGCGUCUAGACGUAAAAAUGCCACCCGAGAAAACACGACCACAUUAAAAGCCUGGCUUUAUGAACACAAGAAAAAUCCUUAUCCUACGAAAGGGGAGAAAAUAAUGUUAGCCAUUAUCACAAAAAUGACUUUAACACAAGUUUCUACCUGGUUCGCCAACGCAAGAAGACGAUUGAAGAAAGAAAAUAAGAUGACCUGGUCACCCAGAAACAGAUCAGGUGAAGAUAAUGAUGAUGACGAUGAUGAUGGAGAAAAGAGUAAAGCGGAUAGUGAUGAUGAUGAUAGAGAAAAAGAGGAAAGCAUAAAGGAAGAAUGCAAAUCACCAGUGGGUACACCUAGUUACACUGUGACCCCUCCUGACCCUGUCCAUCAUGCAUCACUCUUCCAGGAAGACCCUAUAAAACAUGUUAAUGACGGUUUAUCAUGUAAUGUAGGCCCACACAACACAGCCUCGUCUUCGGGAAUAGGGGGGACAACUCUCGUUGCGUCACCGUCGGGAGGACUAAGAAAUCAUCGAGUUGUUCCUUCACCCUUGGAUUCAAAACGACCAGAUUCAUUAUGUUCGAACAGCAACGAUUCCGGACUCAGUGAUGUAAACUGUAAUUUUAAUGAUGUCAACAAUUUAGAAAAUGGACUACGCCCAAAAAUAUGGUCCUUGGCGCACGUGGCCACGUCUAAAGCCGGAUUUAUGCCUCCAAUGGGUCGUGCAAUGCCUCCCAACGAGUCGGUUGAUAUGAAACCGCUAAGUAAUCAAUUAUGGAGUGACAUGGGUGCCACGAAUAGUAGAAAUGCAUAUUCAGGAAUGUCAAGUUGUUCGUUAAAUAAUGGUGGUAUGAUGAGAUCAGAUUCCUCCGCAUUUACUCCAAAUAUCAAUCCGCUAACGUCCCCAAAUGUUAACCCCUUAUCCAACAAUAUCAACCCGUACACGCAGCUGUAUUGUCCUCCCCGAGUUUCACUUGAUUGAUAUUAGGAUCAAUAUAAUCUUAUCCAGUUUUUGUUAUCACAAAGAGAUUGAUGUUAAGUUGUUCUACCUUCACAGACCCCCGUGAGCCACUUCUUUGACCUCUGCACGUUAAUUGCAAUAACUGAUUAAUUGCCCGGGUCGAGGCAUUAUUAAGGUGGAGUUAGUAUGAUGAACGACAUGUUAGUUACGGCUGUGUGUGUGUUAAUCCUGCACAACACCUAAUGUGAAGUGGACUUUAUAAUAUUAGGUUUGAAUCCUUUUGUGCGCCUUUUAUUGACAAAUGGCCGUAUUAGUGGACUUGAAUGUGCUGAUUUUAUCGUGUGAGUAUCAAUGCCGGUAUUAAUAAGCUUAAAGCUAUCUUAAGGUGACGAUUUGAUUGAACGUUUAACACGAGACCUGCUAAUCGAAAUGAGAGGAUGUGACUAUAUGAUAGAAUGAACUGUCUGGGACUCAGUAAUCCGGACUCCGAAAUGGCGCCAAAUCCAGAAAAUAAUUAAAGAACUAUGUCAUACAAAAAAUAAAAGAAAGAAUGGCAGUAGAACCACUAAAAUAGACUUCAUUACAAAUGGCGAACUCGUUAUGUAGUCUCAUCACUAUAUUCAGAGAAAAUAGACAAUUUCUUUUUUUUUUCCUUUUUUUUUAAUAAAAAAUAAUAAAAUAGUUAUGAAACAGGGUAAAUAUAAAUUUAAUAUAUAUAACAGUUUGUUUCAGAAUACAACAUGGUUGUUAUUCUGUAUUAAGUGUUACUUUUCAUCCAUUAAAUUGCAUAAUAAUGUAAAUGGGGGAUAUUAAAGAUACAUAAUCCGUGUAUUCUAUGCGAAAGGGGUAAACUAAUAUGUGUAUUAUUUUGUAAAAUACACAUAGAUAAGUAUUUUGAAAUAUUUUUGUCAUUGUUAUUGUAUAUAAUAUUUUAUCUCCUAUAUUUAUCUUUGCCGCCAUAUUUCUAGUCACCGUUUUUACUUUAAAAAAAUGAUCACGUGCACCAGCCUCGUUUUGAUUUGUUACAUACUUGUUAUUCCGACUUGUUGUCAUGGUUAAUAGGCUAGAUGAAUGAUAGAUGGGCAUUUGAAUGGUAUAAGUAACUAAAUUGUUUUUUUUAUUCUCUAUCAUUAUUAAGUGCUUUAGUCAAUUGAAUACUUUUAUUUCCGAGACGAAUAUACCGCGCUAAAUUAAGCCCCAAAACUGAUAAAUAUUAUAUUUCACGGUAAGCAAUGGAAGAACAUUAAAAGCAAAACAUUAAAGUAUUUAUAAAGCAAAAAAUUCCAAAUGCUAUUCAUGACAUAAUAAGCUACUUUACAUGUUGUAUCCUAUAAUACACACUUUGAUGAAUAUAUAGGUCGAUGUUAAUGAAUAUACAUGUAGAACAUGUGACUCAAAAGUCUACAUUGCAGGAAUUAGCACCUAAUAUGACGUCAUUUCUGGAAUUUAACACAUACCAGGUCUGCUCUAAUUAUCUUUUUGUUGCAAAUUUAUGAGAAUAUUGUGAAUUUUGUUUGUGAAAUUAAACCAGUAAUGGUCCUUUAACUGGAAUAUAUAUUUUAUAUUUCAUUUUGUAAAGAUGCUAUCAGUGCAUUGAAAGACAUGUUUUGGAAUUUAAAAUAAAUUACAAGAGAAAUAAUAUCACAUAUUUAAAAGUACACGUUGAUUGUUUUUAAGAUGUGACUAGCAUAACGGGGAAUUUAUAUUCUUAGGACUCAAUAAUUUACACAUGAACAAGAAAAUAAUAAAUUAAUGGAUAUAAAUAAAAAUGGGCAAGAUAUGGUGCAGUCAACGGUUUAUUUGUAUGUAUGUUUGUAUAUAUGGAUGUCAUAUGUUAUAUCUAUAUAUCAUUAUUAAAUAUUUACACGUGUGGUUGCGCGUUUCCAGUUGUUUUGAAAGUAUAUUAUGUUUUAAAUGGAUAAUAAAUCAUUUAUGAUAAA